CGAUCUGCGCACGUCUCGUAACGCUUAAAGCUAGGCACGAGCGGACUCACCUGCCAUAUGCUGUAUUUUGAUACGGAGUUCGAAAUUGUGCAAACAUUUUCGCAAGCAAAAUAAAAAAAUCGACCAAAUACACAAUCGGCAAUUCGGCUGUGAUCGUACAAAGUUUUCGUUUUUGUGAAAGAGUGAAACAUUCUACUGGUUCCAAUGCGGUACCCGGGGUUAAACUUGAGAGGCGAAGUCAGAGAGAGCAUUUCUUUUGAUGACGAUGAUAUGAGCGACGUCGGAUGAGGUUUUUAUCAGAGACGGAAAGAAUGGAUACAAGCUUGCAGAGGACUUUAACGCAAAACGUCCUCUUAUGGCCCCAAGAAGGACGGCAAAGUCUGAUAUCAAUGCUAGACUAAAAGCGAGGCCUCCUUGCAGAGCGUUUUGUAAACCCUGCUGUUAUGUCAUCCUAUCUUUGAGUAUUUUAAUUGGUCUAAUAAUUCUUGUAGUAGUAGUGGUAUCUAUGUUUCCUCUACCGAUAGACAAAUCAGGGAUUGGAUAAUAAGCAAAACGCCGAAAGAAGACGCAAGCGUCAAGCUAUUGCCUUGUAAUAAUUUGAGGGUAAAGGACGUAUGGUCGAUCAGUCUUCCUAAACUUACGACUGAUUCUGCUAUACGCACAAUCGAUGUAAACGAGGAUGGUUUUGAAGAUGUACUUUUUAGUUUUGGAACAGGUAACAAUUAUGACGUCAUCCCCGCAGACGUGUUCUGCCCCGUCUUCAUGGGCGUACCGCCUCCAUGUGAAGGGGGUGUGAUUGCAUUGAGUGGCGUGAACGGUGAAAUACUUUGGAGACAAUGGCUGAACGAUACCAUAUUUUCUUUGCAAUGUUCAACUGACGUGAAUGGAGAUCAUAUCAAUGAUUGCUUAGCUAUAGGAAUUAAAGGGACAAUAAUAGUGAUCAGCGCAAAAAACGGAUCAGUGAUAUGGCAAAUCAAUAGCGGCAAAUCGAAUAUUUUCGUGGGGAAUUUCAUCCCAGACCAAGACGGAGAUGGGAUAUGGGACGUUCUCGCGUCCCAUUCUUCGUUGACUGAAGGAAAAGAUGGACAUAUCAUUUUGUUCUCUGGAAAGAGCGGAAAAGAACUGAAGAAGUUAGAUACUCCUAAUAAUGCGAAAACGUUCUACAUGCCUCAAGUUCUGAAGUAUAACGAUUCUGAAGCGUUUGUUUUGUUUGGCACUGGAUCUACGACACGACCAGGGAAUAUGAGUGUUGUAUCCUUAAAAAAUAUCGAGAAUCUGACAAAUUCGUCAACGACAAUAUUCGAAAACAAAUACGAAGGUAUACUGACCCAAUCGGUGCUGGUCGACAUAACAGGAGAUGAAAUACCCGAUAUCAUAAACUCUAUGUACAACACUACAGUGAUAGCCAUAGACGGCAGCACGUUCAAACAAAUCUGGAACUUCACUGUGCCUGGGGCUUACUCAGAAACAAACUUGAGCCCCACACCUGGAUACUUUAACUAUGAUAACGUUACUGAUUUUCUGGUCGUGUAUCAGAAGUACGAUGAUAUUCUUAACUAUAACUACACCCAGACUUUCAUAAUCGAUGGAAAAACGGGUCGAUCCAUAUACAAUCCUAUUGCCGGGAGUAUAAUUACCCAAAUGAGCGCCAUGGCUAUAAGCUCAGAGUGCCAUGGCUACGACACGUUCCUGUUUUGGACUUCGGAGUGUGCAAACAUAGAAAUGUACAAGAAAGUCGACUUACCUAAAGCAAAUUCGGACGCACCUUAUGAUGAGUGCAAAAGUCAGUUCAACACGUCAAGAAUCAUUAAAAUGAACGCAUUAAGUCAGUUUCAUCAACCACCAGGCUUCGUUGUCUAUAACUCUGUGGAUCGAAUACCAACGGAAUUUAAAAGCUUCAAAUCGAUUACAAAACAACUGAAAGAAUACUAUACGACCCAUCCGAAGUUCCGUAUUUUAUCGGCAGGACAGUCUGAGUUAGGGGAAAGUUAUAACGUAGACGCAAAGCCUAUUGGAAUACGAAAAUAUGGAUCUUCAAGUUUCCGCCACAAGCCUGCUGGUAACGCGGGAAUUUUGAAAAAUUAUAUUCCUAGUGAAAUCACUGAACAGGACACCUCAGACUACGACUGGUCUCAAAAUGUGAACAAAAUAGAUCCCGAUUUCAGCGACUAUCCCAUUGAAGAUACCAUACCUUACAAUCAAAAACAAUUGUUGCUGAAAGACUCGAAAAACAGAGAUCCGAGAAAAUCCGAACGGAAAAAUUCGAAAUCAGUAUCCACAAAAAAGAACUUGUCGGACACCAAAAGCAUCUACGAUUACGACAAUGUCAGAUCGGCUAGAAAAAGACUGAUGGACGAUGUCGACUAUGUUCCGACCGAGAUUCUGAAAGACACGUUCGUGAAAAACGAAGAGACGCGGUUGAGAAGGUCGAAAUUUGAACAGAGAGACGUUAACACGCAUUACGACAAGAUCAAAGAAAAGGAGGAUAUCCAGAAGAUCAUCCAGAAAAAAUUGGACGAUAUGAAGGCGAACGAAACUUUGAACCUUUGGCAGUUGGAAUCGGAGAAAGAAGUGCAAGAUUGGUCUAGUGGCAAUUACAGAGGGAAGAGAGCGGUUAAUUACACCUUUGAAAGUUCUUCUAAAAUCACGUCAGUAGGUGCCAUUUUAGACUCUUUGAAUUCCACGAAUCAGUCAAAUACCAUAGACUUGGUAUUCAUAACUUACUGGCAACCAGUGAACGUACAGCAACCAAGUUCUCUAAAAAAUGACAUCCAGGAAUGUAUCGAAGACAAAAUGGCACUGAAUUCAAAAGAUCCCACUUCUGACUACCAAAAGAAUACAGAAAAAGAACAACGUGCCCUGUACAAACAAGAGUGCCUGGAAGAACAAUCGAAUUUGCGUAACACAUUCGCCUACUACGACCGUCUUCAACAGUUGCACUUGGGACAAAUGACCGUCUACCGCGUGACAAUCGAAUGCGAAUGCCAACUAGCCAAAAAGAACGAGAGGUGCGCCAGGUUUCUGCCGAGAAAGGAACAGAGUUGGCCGGAGUACUUAGGAAGGAACGGGGACGGGAUCUUUGUUUCCAGGGGGUGAAAUUUGUAAAUUAUUUAUAAAAUUUCGUUUUGAUUAUUAUGGAGGAUAAAAAUAACAUUCUCAACACAAGUAACAGAUUCCGUCAGAACCUAGACUAUCGAUGGAAGUAGAAAAAAUAUCUUUUUCAAGCAUAUUUUUCAUCCCAAAUCAGUAUAAAUCGCUUGAACCCAUAAUCAAAAGAAAUUCCGAACAUAUAUCCUUGCCAUAGCAUAACAGCUUUUAUUUUGAUCCUUCCGAGUACAAUUUAUUGUAACUUAUACCAGAACUAGUUUGUAAAUACUGUAAAAUUAUUUGUAUAUAUCAAAUUCUAUCCAGAUUUUUGUUAAGUCAGAUUCUACUUAACAAAAUGUCAUCAUUUCAGCUAUAUUGCAGCACUUUCAUCCGUAAUUUUCAGACCUCAAGCUACAAAAACAUAUUGAAAAUUCUUCUUAUUUGUCAGAAUCUAAUUUCUAAAUUGAAACCUUACAUGAAUUAUACAAAAUUCCACAGUUGAACGCUUGACAAUCGUUUAGACAUGCACGUAACAGCCUUUAGCUUUAAGCUAUAUACAAAUGCAAUUUUUCCGAAGCAACUCUCCUAAAGCAUAAUACACUCAUUCAUAUCCACAACACUGUUAAGGAUUUUUAAAGAAAAUUCGGAAUUUUGAACUAACCGAGAUUAUAGAAAAAUGUAUGAGACGUAUAUCUACAUAUUAUAUUGAUAAUAAAACAAAAUGUUGAUAAGGUGUGUGGAGUGCAAAAAAUGACUAGUAGCUAUUCCUAUUACUAAACCUCCUCAUAAUGCGUAAAAUAUACGAGGGUUGUCUCAAAAAUAUGGUUUCCAACGCCAAAAAUGUGGGAACCAUAUUUUUCAAACAACCCUCGUAGGUAAAUAUUACGUUUCAUUCAGAAUAAAAUAAAUAUGAUUUCUCUCACUUUUGCAUUGAAAUUCGUAACAGAAACGGUAAAUAAUAAAAUAUCAGCUUGCAAAUAAUUGGCUGGAAGAUAUUUGCAACUGUCAUUUUAUUAAAAAAUAGCUACUAAUCGUGGACUGUGUAUAUUGAUGAAUAUAACAAUAUGUUUAAAAGUAAAUAG